AUGCGCCUACUAGUUUUCUUCUUGAAAAUCGUUUUUUUCCUUAAACCGGCUAUGCCAGUUGAGAAAAUGCUAAUAUUUUAUGGAACAAUUGACAAAUUCAACGUUAAUCCAUUAAUUAACAUGGAUCUUAACUCUUGCGUGAGAAUCGUUUCCGAUUUUUCCACGGUUAUCCUGGCUUCUUGGAACAGUAGUGAGAACUGUCACCUUUUUGGGUUUGAUCAGAUCCUUGAUCAGAUCCUGGAAAUUAAAACCAAUGAAGGAGAUAUGGGGCAGUAUUUAAUUUUAAAAUCUGACCAACCAAACAGUACAUGUCCAGCUUUUCCGGAAACCGAUAUAAGGCGACCUGUAAACGAAAGUUGGUCCAAAACUGAGAAUGGAUGGACCACACGAUUGUGUAAAAAUGGCUGGAUGCUGUUCAGUAGACCCGAUUCAAUUUUCGUGUGUAUGAAAUUUAUUCAACUGGAACGUGGAGCGACCCGAGAAGUUGCUUUGCAAACUUGCAUUGACAAUGGUGCAAUAAUGACAGGGCUUGCAACCCGCAGUGAAGUUGAUUGGUUGAACAAAUUUGUAGUAGCUCCUCUGCAAACUGGAGAAUGGGAUGGAAUUUGGAUAAAUGGAAUGCGAGACUGUAGCGCAAACACCAACAAAACGUGCCAAAACUUUGUUUGGAGUGACGGUUAUACUACUGAUACGGAACUUUUACUGUCGGGAAUUCUUUGGGAUCCAGGAUAUGAUACUCAACAACAGGAUUGUCUGACAGUGUACAAUGCCUACAGUGACACAAAAUUGAAUUUGGUCAGCUGUACAGAAUAUAAUCUGGCGAUUGGAGUGGCGUGCGGAUAUAAAUUCGAAUAA